UGUAUCAGGUGAUAUUAUUUACUUAACUUAAACACAUGUUGCCAUAUCGAUGUAUAUUUCACUUGAAAUAUGUUAAAUAGUGAAAAUACCUGUCUUUGUGACAUUGAUGAAGAAGAUUUGGAUUCUGAACUCGAACCUGAAAUUAAGGAAGAGCUAGAUCAUUUAAACCACUGCAGUGCUGAAAUUAAUAGACUGGAAAAUGAGAUUGAUGAAGCACGAACUAAAUACCGGCAGACGUUUCAUGAAACAUCCAAUAGAAUGUCUCUGGUGUCGCAGAAAAGACGGAAAAGCAUAGCUAAAGCACGAGAGUAUUUUGAACUAAAACAUGAAGGAAAACAGGCUCAGGGUGAAAGCCUAAAAGCUGCCAGACAGUACCAGUCAGCCAUCGGGAUAUACAGAGCGGCCAAAGAGACUGUUGCCUUAGCAGAAGAUAAACUGGUAAAAGGAGGAGAAUGUCAAUUGUCUUCUGCGUGGCAGGAAAUGCUAAAUCAUGCAACAGAAAGAGUUAUGGAGUCAGAGUUGGAAAAACGCAGGAGCGAAGAUCAUCAUUUAAAGAUGACAAAACGUUGCGGGCAGUUAGAAAACCAGCUUCGUUUAUUAGAAAGAUCAAAGAAAAGAUAUAUAGCAAACGCAAGAUCAUAUUUUGAAAUGAAGCACCAACUGGACCUCAAAUUACAGCAACAAAAACAAAAUGUAACAGAUCUGCAGAGCGCUAUUAAACAAGCAAAAGGAAAAUACGCCAAAUCUCUACGAAAAUUGGAGGAAAUUUCCUUAGCAAUUCACGAGUCAAGACGAAACAAGCUGCUACUAAUGUAUCCUAGACAACCUGGAGUUGGAGCAGAAUGUGAUAGUCUUCAUUCGACUAUCUCUGAACUGGCUUUAGAAUCUAUUGGAAAAGAUUACGAGAUGGUCAAUGACAUCUCAAACGAGGACGAUGAAAUAUGCGAUGGAAGCGAUUAUGUAGAGGAAAAAUUUGACGAUGGCUGUUCUCAUUCAAGUAACAAAACUGACGAUGAAAAGGAUAUUGAUUUGACUAAUGUUAGUAGCAUAUUUGAAAAUUUACAAAUUUCUGAUGAUUAAUUUCAAUCUGAACUGAGAGAUGACAAUUGCUCUGAUUUAAAUCUGCUCAAAUGUAAAAAGCAGUAAAUUACAUAAACAGAUAUUAUGUUCUAGUUCGCCAGACUUCAACGAACAUAAAUUAUUUAUACAAUAAAACUCAACACAUGUAUCAGAAAUGAGCUCUCCUUGUGAGAGUAACAUACUUUCGAAAGUAACAAAGAAAGAAAAAGGGGAUCAUAUGCCAAGGUUUUUAGAAACUGUUAAUUUUUCUGAAAUGUUUUCCUGAACAUAUCCAUCUUUUUCAGUUUCAGAUGCCCUUCUUCUAGUAUCUAGAAGGAAAUUUUGUAAAAAUUUAUUUCCUGUUUUUCCGUAUAUUACUUAUAAAUGGACUUAGUUUUUCUUCCAGUUAACAUUACAUACAGUCUGCAUUUAAAGUUUUUAAAACAUUUAUUAGAUUCAUAAACCAUCCUGGAUUUUUACCAAACUUGGACAGAGGCUUCUUACAAUCAAAAGAUAGUAUCUAGAGGAAAUUUUUUAAUCAUUUUUUCCCCAUUUUUGUUGAGCUUGCGACUUUUGUCGCAAAAGUGAGACAUAGCGAUCCUACAUUCACUCUGAAAACAUAGACAACAGCAAAAGUAGGCGAGACACUGGGUUCCGCGGACCCCUUACGAAUUUUUACAAUGUAUUGCCCGAUUGAACUAUGAACUCCUUCUUUAAGUGAAGUACAUAAAAAAGAAGUUCAAGGAUCAGCAAAUCCGGCUAGUUUAUGUGACCAACUAAUUGCAAAAUAAGCUCCUUCAACUAUAGAUGCGGAUUUGUGUUUUUUUACAUAAAUGAAUCAGGUAUAACGAAACAUCAUAGUCUAAUGCUGGUAAAGAUUUAAGAUUAAAAAAUUUACUCCAUCUACAAAAAUUGUUAAAGGCGUACCUGUACUUUUUCCAAGUGUUAUCAGCUCUAGAACGUAGACAAAAUUCUGGAAUACACUUUGCUUAAUUUUGUAAUGGCUGGUGUGGUGAAAGAAUUUCUGAUGACCACCUACCAACGCUGAAAAUAUCUGAAAAUGUAAAAAUUCAAACAAAUAGUAAAUAAAAAAGUAUA